CAGGUUUUGACGGGAUGCCUUUUUUCGUCGACCGGCUCAUCGGCGUUUUGCACGGGCCAGUUUGAUCUGCGUCACACCUUUGAUGUACCGUUCAAGCUCGGCACGGGCAUCGUUGCUGGUGAUAUCUUCGAUACGCCAGUGGCGCCGCGCCUGCAGCCCGAGCAUCAUCUUUACUGCACACACCUACGUGGCAUGAUGAUGUCACCAGCUCAGCCCGCCAGCGCCACGCCAGCGGCUAUAAAAGGGACGCCUAUUGCUUCAAGCGGCAGUGGACACGGCAACCAAGUCGCGACGAUGUCACCUAACGUACCCCUACUCGUGCAGGUUUUGACGGGAUGCCUUUUUUCGUCGACCGGCUCAUCGGCGUUUUGCACGGGCCAGUUUGAUCUGCGUCACACCUUUGAUGCACCGUUCAAGCUCGGCACGGGCAUCGUUGCUGGUGAUAUCUUCGAUACGCCAGUGGCGCCGCGCCUGCAGCCCGAGCAUCAUCUUUACUGUACACACCUACGUGGCAUGAUGACGUCACCAGCUCAGCCCGCCAGCGCCACGCCAGCGGCUAUAAAAGGGACGCCUAUUGCUUCAAGCGGCAGUGGACACGGCAACCAAGUCGCGACGAUGUCACCUAACGUACCCCUACUCGUGCAGGUUGGUGACUGGAAAUAUGGUUUCCGUAGUGACGAUCCUUGCUUAAUAGUGUUGCCGUGUCCACACACCAUUCUAAACUGCAUAAGUGACUGUUUUUCGCUAGCGGGUCUGUUGCUUUCACUGUCGGGAGAUAUCGAGCAAAACCCUGGGCCUAUUACGGAUGCAAUGUUUAAGGAACUGCUAGAAACGCAAAAAACUAUCUUGUCUAAAAUUUCGCAAAUGCAAGAGCAACAGGCCUCAUCUGAGUCCGCUAUGAUUCAAGUUCAGAACAGAUUAUUAACAAUUGAGAAAAAAUUAGAGUGCAUAGAUAAAGUGGGUGGUAGGCUGCGAAAGCUUGAGAAUGCAGUCGAUAGGAGCCAUACUGAACUGAGUGCUCUGUGCAGUAGGGUUGACGACCUAGAAAACCGCUCGAGACGAAACAACCUUAUUAUUAGAGGCGUAAAAGAAGAAGGCCCCGAGAAUGAUGAUGACUUGCUGAAAAAAAUAAAUGACGAUAUAUUUGGCUCCAUUCUUAACCAGAAACUGAAUUCUAUAGAAAGAAUACAUAGACUGGGAAAGAAAUUUCCUGGCAAAGACCGCCCUGUAAUCCUUAGAGUGGCAGACUACCGAGACAAAGUAAAGAUAUUGAAAAAUUGUUUCAAGCUAAAAGGCACUCAUAUUAACAUUAGUGAGGACUACUCAAAACGUGUUACUGAGAUACGGAGAAACUUGUGGGUCUCAAGUCUAGAAGAAAGAAAGAAAGGAGCGAAAGUUAGACUGGUUUAUGACAAAGUUCUCAUCAACAAUGUUUUGUACACCUGGAGUGAUGAUGCUAAGGAAAAGGUCAAGUGUAAAGCAUCUGCUAAACCCAACCACCAAUGACCUGAAAGACAAAAACAGGUUGACUUUAAAAUCAUCAACUUAAAUGCUCGCAGUUUACUGAACAAAAGUCACUUAAUUGAAAGUGUAACCUUGGAACAUGAUCCUGACAUAUUGGCAAUCACCGAGACAUCGUUGCACAGUGAUGUACAUGAUGUGGAAGUUACACCGCCAGGUUACGUCUUAAUAAGGAAGGACCGAGGCGGGAGAGGAGGCGGGGUGGCACUUAUGAUUAAAAGAGACAUAAAGUAUCAAACUCUGCCAGAUGCUGGUGAUAUUGAAGCCGUAUGGGUAAAGAUUCGAUUAAAUGAUCACCCUGUGUACAUUGGAGUUAUGUACAGACCCCCCUGUUCUCCUGCUACGACUCUGACCGACUUAAGAUGUUUUAUGGAUUCUAAUAUGCACCAAGAUGACAAAAUAAUUUUGCUUGGCGAUUUCAACUUACCAGGCAUUCAAUGGGAUUCGCAUGAUAUUAUAGGAACCGAAGUAGCUCAUUGUGAACAUCUUUUGGACAUUGCCUUUUGUUUUAAUCUAUGCCAAAUUGUGUCUAGCUACACACGUGUUUUUAAGGAUGUAUCCUCUAUUCUCGACCUUGUAUUUGUCUCUUCGCUCCUGGAGGAAAAUGUUAGAACAUGUGAUGUA